AUGGCGGGUCAUCCCUGGAUAUGGGAAAUAGCAGGCAGGGAAUCAACAUCAUUAUGUGAUGAGAACUCAUCAACUUUUGCCCGGCUAACGAGAGCAUCGGAAGGAUCAUCAACGAUCUUUUCAAUCGUAUUUGUACUUCCUGCCAGUGUUGAUUCUCAUCUUGUGGAGUCCUUCCAGUUUUUGAGUAAAAAAUUGGCGCUUGCCAUCGAUUCGCUCCAGACCCAAAGAGGUUAUUUCGCUGAGCAGGAACGGAUAAUGCGAUCAGCCUUGGACGAGUUUGAGGCGGAAGUGUCCAGCAGGCCAGAGAGCGACCAAUCAUUUCUCAAUGUGCCGUGGGAUACGAUACGGGGAAAGAGUGCACUGGCGGAACUCCUCACCAAAGUCUUCGUGGAUGUUGGUAGAACAGGGGUAGUUCAA